AUGACAAAGGCUGUAAUGGUGAGGUGUUACCUGCUCUGUUUACUAACUCUUACACUGUGUUGUGCUUGUGGGUUAGUAUGGGCUGAUGGUCCUAAAGCUUCUGAUGCCCUUAUUAAAACUUCAAUUGUUGGUGUUCCUUCUCUUGUUAGUCAUGCUAUUCCUGCGCUGGUCGAUUUCAUAAUGGAUGAGGAUGAGGAACUUCAGGAGGGUGAGGAUAGAGAAAGAAAAGGAAUCGAAGGAGCGACUGGCCUUGUGGGAAGGGAUGGUCCUAAGGAACCUGAUACCAUGCCCAAAGGUGAUACUGGACUGAAAGCACCAGAUGUUGAUGUGAAAGGUCCUGCGGGGUACAAGAAGUCAGAUGAAACGAAUAAUAAACAAAAUACUAAGGAAGGUAUUCGGGGUGACAUGGCGAUUGAAAAUAAACCUCGAGCAGAAAACGAGAAAAGUACUGAUCUGCAAAUACAAUUAUCUAAAGUCACUUCAAGUACUUCCGGGCUUUCAUCUUCACCGACGGCUGGACCGACGGCACCUCAUCCUGCAGAACCGAGAAGUGUUGAUGGAACAUUAUCUAAGCCGAAUCCCGAAGGUAGAACGGAGACACAGGAUAACAGUGAUCAGAGAGAAAACGUUCAAGGUGGAGGCCCGCAGAACAACGGAGACGGACAGAAGGAGGGAACUCAAAAUGAUACCCCAGCCAGUUCUUCUACUAAACCCAGUACAAGUAAUACAGAUGCUCCAGAAAGCAACUCUCCAGAAAUGGAGGAGCAGACACCCUCUUCAGAGGACUCUCAAUCCAAGAACGGUAACGGUGAGACAAAUAAUGGAGUGCACACCGAUUCUGACACUCACAAUGCAACCAGUAAUGAUGAGGAAUCAACCACCACCACCACCACCACAACAACAACAACAACACUUCCUCCUGAACUCACAAACAACAAGAAGGGUGAUGCAGACAGCAGCAGCAGUAUCAGCAGUUCUGUGUGGGUGCGUGUACCACUACUGAUUGUGGUUACACUGGCCUGUAUUCUUGUGUGCUGA